AUGUUCGCCCUCAGCCUCGCUUGGGUAGCCGUGGCUAGCGGCUACAGCACGUCGCCCAUCGUCCUCGAUUUUGCGGAAACGCGAUAUGGCGAGGGUUCGUCACUCUUGAUGUGCCUCCACGGCACCCUGCAAUGCAGAGCCCUGUGCUGCUCCGUGCCCUUCGACCGCAAUUGGGGUGGGCACAAGUUCUGUGGCCACUUCGGCAGCCAUUUCAAGGCCGAGGUCUGGACCAAUUGCUGGGGUGAGGGGAAUGAGGGCGCGGGUGGCAACGUGAGAAGCCAAUGUUGUGAAUGCGUGGCGGACGAGCCUCCCACGAUCUUGCCAAAGCCCGUGAGGGCCGAGGGGGCAGAAUCAUGGCUACCGAGCCACAAGGGCCAGGAGGGCUACUUCGAGCUGCCAGCCUCUCACGAGCAUUGUGACUCGCGAGACGAUGGCAAGUGCUCAGGAUUCAACCUCACCUGCCCCACGGGCUCCCUGUCUGUGCCCUUCAAUCAGUGCUUGCAGGGCAGCCUGGGCAGGUGGGAGGAUGGCUUUCAGCUCGCUUGUGGUAUGGAUGGGGCCGAAGUCUACACUUACGCCUAUGAGGGCUGGGGGUGCUCGGGCUCCUUUGGUGGCUAUCAACCACCCAGCGCCUUCUGCCGAAUCUGUGAGAGCACCGUGACCUUGACGACCACUUGGUGGCCCAAGCCCAGCAAAUCUCUGCGUGAGCUCUCCUGGGAUGCGAGCUGUGUGCCCACCACCAGCACUCGCACCACGGUGACCACCACCACGGAUCCCUUUGCAGGUCGUGGUUGGGAGCCGGUGGGUGGUGCCGGUGGUGCCUGUCGUGGUGACACGGCCAACGACAACGCGCCGGAACACUACGAAGUACACAGCCUGCAGAGCCUGGAGGCCUGUCAAGCGCAGUGCCUGGCCAUGUUCCCGCGGUGCAAGGGCGUGGAGUACAGUCAGGGACGUUGCGAAGUCUGGGUUCGACCAGAAGGCAUCUUUGUGGCAAAGGAUCUAAGUGGCUUUACUUGCCUUCGCUUUGGAUGGCCCACCAAGUAUCUCCAACCGGUUGAUGGGGGCGAUGGCCGCGCCUGCCGUGGGGAUCGGGUCACCGACAACCUGCCGGAGUAUUACACCAUCACAAAGACGAGGUUUUUAGAAGAUUGUAAGGCCAGAUGUGCAGCUGCCCCGGUGUGCGAGGGUAUCGAGUUCAGCCUGGGCCGAUGUGAGAUCUGGUUGCGCCCAAUCCGCGCGACCACCGGCAUACCCGGUUUCAGUUGCUUUGGCUACAGCCCCCCAAGUGGGCUAUUGCUCCUUUGA